CGCCUCCCCUCUGUUAACCACCAGUUUGUUCUUUAUAGUUAAGAGUCUGGGUUUUUUGUCCCCCCUCCCCAUUCAUUUGUUUUGUUUUGUUUUGUUUUGUUUUGUUUCUUAAAUUCCACAUCCAAGUGAAAUCGUAGGGUAUUUGUCUUUAAGAAGCUAUUUCUUAAGCAGAGAAUUAGCAGGAAAAGGAAAACUAGAUGUAGAUACUGAUUAAUAUUGUUUGAUAUUUUUGGUUUCGUGGAAGACUGCUAUUUGAAGGUGAAAAAGAAGAGUAUGCUCUCGUGGUAGGCAGUGCAUGGCAAUGCAAGAAUGGGCUGGUUUCCUGGGGGAUACUCAGGAUUUAGCCGGGUAAUAAACACGUGAUGCUCUUUGGUAUUGGUGGUUUUGACUUCCUGGAAAGAAGGAAGCACACAGUGCUAGGUGGGAUGAUUUCUGAAUGCUCUUGAUUUUCCUCAGAAUUGCCAGUAACCAGCAGGAGAAACUGCGUUUAUUUCUAGGGGGUGGGUAAUAAUAAUGUAGCCCAAUGCUCUGAUGCCGCUACCCAUUAAAAAACAAAAGGACAUUAUAUCAGACUUAGCUCAGGGUGAAAGUGUGUGUGUUUCUAAUACUUUUUGUACUAAAAGGUUGUGAUUUUUGCUAUUAUUUAGGCUUUGGCUGAAGUAUGAAUGGCAGGUUUUAUAAACUGGGCAUAUGUAGUUGUGUGAGGGUGUGAGGUUAGUCUCCAUUGUUCUAAAGUAUGUAAAUGGAUUUUAGUAAGUGGUCCAGUUCAGAGUCCGUUUUUUCUUGUGCUACCUUAAAGGGACCUUAAUUCUCUAUUUUCCUAAGUGUCUACCAUGAAGACAGAAAUGGUGUGUAACAUUUCAUUUCACAGUGAGUUUACUGCUCUGUGGAAGGGAUUAGUAAUUAUUUACAAAUAUGACCUAACAAUUGAUUAUUCCAGUGUUUAUAUUUAAUGGUUAAUUUAAUGUUUCCCUCUUCCUGAGAGAAUUGUUUUUAGUCACAUGAUUUAUUUCCGUGUCUUCUCCCUCAAUAUUUUUAACGUCUCCAAAAUAGUUGAUAAGGGCAGACUAUAUGCGAAAAUGUUGUAUUUGACAAAUCACCCCAAAAUUUAGUGGUUUAAAAUAGUGAUUUGUUCUUUCUCACCAUUGUGUAAGUCAGCUGGGCUCAGCUGGUUGGUUGUUCUGCCCAAAUGGUUUAUAGACUGGGAUCACACGUGUGACCCCAUUUGACUGGGACCUCUAUUAGAACUGGGGUGGCUUUACUUCUGUGUCGGGCACUUGAGCUGAGGUGGCCAGAAUGGGUAGGUGCUGGCCAGGCCCCUCUCCAUCUCAGUCCCUCCUCAUUCAGUAGUCUAGCCCAAGCUUCUUUGCAUGGUGGCUGGGUCCCAAUCGGAAGCUGCCAGGUCUUUUAAGGGCUGGGCCCAGACCUGGCACACAGUCAUUCCAUUGCAUUCUGUUGGCCAAAGCAAGUUACAGAGCCAGCCCAGGUUCCGGGAGGAGAAAAAAUAGAUUCUACUUUGUGAUGGGAGGAAUUGUUGGUAUCUGUCUUUGUAGAUAAUCAACCAAAAACUCUUAAGUAGAUUCAGGUCUUACCUCUUCUUAUCCCCACCAGACCUUCAGAGCUUUGCUGAAACCCAGUUACUAAAGAAGUUCGUAAAACGGUCCCUGUAAGUCCUACUCAGGAUCAAGGGUGGGAGGUUAUGUGAGUAACUAUGAUUAUAAAGUAUAUAAUAAAUUCCUCCUACUUUGCCUGAAAUCUCCUUUGUUAAUAGCCUUCUGCAUGAAAUGUUCAUACUGAACAUUGUGAGCACUUUAUACUCACAGGCAUGUUACGUUCCAUUUAUGUGGAAAGAAUGUUAUUUGACCAUUGAAUUGAAAACAUAAGAAAAAGUUCUCACUGAAACUUUCACUUUUAGUUACUCUGCACAAACGUUGGGAUUUCUUCUCCAUGACUUGAGGAGAAAUAGUGUAAGGAUGUCAGUUGAUCCGAGGGAGAUUCUAGGGUGCACAGCUGCCAGUGAGACUUGGAACCUCACUGGUGGCUUGUGGGAGUUCCUCCUAAAGUAGUAAGUGAGGGGCCGGGUGUUCACAGGUUCCUCAGCAGCUGCAUGAAUUGAAUGUUAUCACACCAUGAGUUAGACCUGUGCACUGCCAUGUUUUUCUGCAUAUGUCCCUCCAGACAUCAGCUAGAUUCUUGAGUGGAAGACUUCAUACUAAGACCUCCCUUUUUUUCUGCAUUUUCUGCAGAAUCUGUAUCUCUUCUCCCCCAAGCAACUUAAUAGUCCUGAGUUUGUCCUUAUAAAACACUUGUCACAUAUGUAGGAUGAUGUGUGUGUGUGUGUGUGUGUGUGUGUGUGUGUGUGUGUGUGAGAGAGAGAGAGAGAGAGAGAGAGAGAAGAAUGAAAGUAAAUGAGCCUCCAUAGCAAGCCUCAUUUAGCUGAUGGAGCUGCAGAUGAAACCAGGGUUCAGGAGGAAAAUUUCUUAUAAAGGUCUACCUUCCAGAACUCCAAUUUAAGAGCUUAUGCCAGCUUUUAGUGUGAAGACGACCAUUUACAUUGCCUUUUUUAUAUUUAACGUUUUUUGAGUUAUGUUAUUGCCUUGAGUCUGUUUGUUCUGUGAGGUAGGCUCUGUUCCACAUAACAGAACCAUUAAAAUAAAUGACCAUAAUAUAAACUGGACAGUGUUACACUGUUGGAAGCAUUUCUGAGAGGAGGUGAAGGCAUAAAAUAGAGCAGGCAGACUCCUCUGGGAAUGCAAGUGAAGUUUUCAUGAAUAAUUUGGAAUGUAGCCAGUGAGUUUGGUUUAAUUUCCUUCGAAAUGGGGUAUCUUCUUAGAAACCCAGUUUGCGGAGAGUAUGGUAAGUGUGCCGUUGUUUCCAGCAAGAGAAGAAGAUAAUACGGCACGGAAACCCUGUCUUGGGUCUCCUACCCUCUCAAGCAUGCAGGCGUAAAGGGGAUCAUCUUAAAGACUAAGAAGUAUGCCGUCACUAGAGGAUGGUAUGAUACCGUAUCCUGCAUCUCAUAGAUUUUUCUGGAAUAGGAGAGACUUUUUUGUAGAAAUUCCACUGUGAUCUCUACAUUGUCGAUUUCUUAAAUGUCUUUGGCUUACCCUGUGCACUGAAGGAACGGCAACUCUCCAGCUAAAGAAAACCUCUUUCUGAACUGUCCAUGUUUCUUCAGAAAAAGAAACAAUACCCUGAAACUACCAGCUAAACCGAGCAGAGUGUCGUGUCGUUAGAGAAGUAGAUUGCCCAAAGAGGAUAAGCAGAUAAAGGAGAGCCAGCAUUAAGUGCCGCACGCUCACGUGAUUCUGAACGUCAAAGGAGAUUAACGCCACAGUCCCAAGAUCUUUGUAGUGGUUUGUUCAGUGUAGGUGAAUAAAGCAUCCACCUUACUAUGCGAGGUACCGUAGGGAUCGCAAAGACAGUUAAGAUCACCAAGGAGCCAAGUUUCGGAGAGGGCAGUUGAGAACUACGUAGCAGAAGAUACUGGACAAGGCAGAGUGUGGUGAAGGCGUGCUCUAAUGGACAGAGGUUUCUGUAGGGUGUGAAGAGGGGCUGGAAAUGGCCUCGGAGAUGGCCCUUGAAAGAUAGAUUAGGCUUUAAACAGGAGAAAAUGGGGACAAAGGGUAAGAGCAAGAGGUCUUUUGAGGGAGUCCCCAUGUGAGGAAUGACAGGGCAGAGGUCAGCCCCACACCAGGGCAGAGCCUGGUCAUGGUCCGUCUGAGUUGAAACUGAGGAACGGUGCCGCCUGGCAGAGCAGACCGCGGAAGCCCAUGCAGAGGGCGGCUCUGAUGCCUGGCUAAGGAACGUGGGGAAAUCAGAAGCGGUGUGUGAUGAGGCGGGUGACUGUGGCGCAUCAUCUGGUCUGCGCUGGAGAACCUGGAGGCCUGGAACACAGUUCUUUCCGUGAUUCAGCAGAAGGGGAUGAGGACUAGGUUACGUUGGUGGCUGUGGGAACGAAGGGCACCUGUCUUUCCUGCUCUGCCAGGAUGUGGCUGGUGAUUGAUCACAAACACGGAAACUUGUUUGGCCUCUUGCACCCCGUGCUCACUCCCGAUCUGCAGAGGUAAAUGGUGAAAUAACUUAGCAGUUGAACUCUUCCUUCGUUUACUUCACGUAAACCCCUCUCCUGGUUGAGUGGGUGAAUUGUUUGCAGCCCCGAAUUGCUGAACGGGUGCUUCUGAGGCCUAUUCAAAAGGUAAUGAGAUUUCCCAUUUUAAAAGCGCACAAAGACUGUGGAAUGGGACCGUUUGGUCUGAAUUUUGGAGCUGCUGGAACUUCCUGUUGCUUUAGUGAUUAAAAACAAACACACCUCAAUAUCCGUGGCCUUUAUGCUGAAUGUUUAGAUAUGAUAGGUUUAUACAGCACGAGGGAGGAACUUAACCCAAAUGAAAUGAGCAGCGGCCCUAGAAGUUUGGGGGUUAACCAGAGUCAGUCCUGGCAGACAGCCGCCCUGCUUGCCCCUCUGCGCCUGCCCCUCGUGCCAGUGGUGCCAGGCCCGUGGGUGGUUGCGGCUGGAGGUACUGAGGAAGCGGUCGCUGACACAGCCAGAUUUCCACGUUCCCUUUUGUCACUGCAGCCGAGACGGGUGCCGCUGAACAGAUCACUGGAGGAGCGGAGAAUCAGUGAAGGAGUUGUGUGGUGCGUGGGUCGUGCUGGAACCAGCGGUCUCUGGAAUCUGCUCUCAGACUAGCGCUCGCUCUUCACCGUAAUCACAGAGAACCAUCUUACUGAGUUUCACACCAAACUCCGUACCGUCACAAUUACAUUUUGGAUGCACUUGAAUUGCCUUUGCCUCAGCUGACAGUGUUACGUGCUCCCUGGGAGAAGGAUGCUGAAACAAAACAGGAAUUGUGGGAGGCGCUCCUGUGAAGAAAUGGACCAGUGUGCGUAAUCAUGGAAUCUCCUUGCUAACCGGCUCUCCUUGAGAAGUGAGAGAGAGAGUGGGUCGGGGAGAAGGAAAAGAGGUCAACAUGAAGCUAAAGCAGCGAGUCGUGCUGUUAGCAAUUCUUCUUGUCAUCUUUAUCUUCACCAAAGUUUUCCUGAUUGACAACUUAGACACAUCAGCAGCAAACCGAGAGGACCAGAGGGCUUUUCACAGAAUGAUGGCUGGCUUGCGGGUAGAGCUGGUGCCCAAGCUGGACCACACCUUGCAGUCUCCCUGGGAGAUUGCAGCCCAGUGGGUGGUUCCGCGGGAAGUGUACCCAGAAGAGACACCAGAGCUGGGGGCGAUCAUGCAUGCCAUGGCCACCAAGAAGAUCAUUAAAGCUGAUGUGGGUUAUAAAGGGACACAACUGAAAGCCUUACUGAUACUUGAAGGAGGACAGAAAGUCGUCUUCAAACCUAAGCGGUAUAACCGAGACUAUGUGGUAGAAGGGGAGCCGUAUGCUGGCUAUGAUAGACACAAUGCAGAGGUCGCAGCCUUUCAUUUGGACAGGAUCCUGGGUUUCCGCCGAGCGCCCUUAGUGGUUGGCAGAUUUGUUAAUCUGCGGACAGAGAUCAAGCCUGUUGCCACGGAGCAGCUGUUGAGCACCUUCCUAACCGUAGGAAAUAACACUUGUUUCUACGGGAAGUGUUACUACUGCCGAGAAACAGAGCCAGCUUGUGCCGAUGGAGACACAAUGGAGGGGUCUGUCACGCUGUGGCUUCCGGAUGUGUGGCCUCUGCAGAAACACCGACACCCGUGGGGCAGGACUUACCGAGAGGGCAAACUGGCCAGGUGGGAGUACGACGAGAGCUACUGCGACGCCGUGAAGAAAACGUCCCCUUACGACUCCGGCCCGCGCCUCCUGGACAUCAUCGACACCGCAGUCUUCGAUUACCUGAUCGGCAACGCUGACCGCCAUCACUAUGAGAGUUUUCAAGACGACGAAGGCGCUAGCAUGCUCAUCCUUCUCGAUAAUGCCAAAAGCUUUGGGAACCCGUCUCUGGAUGAGAGAAGCAUUCUUGCCCCCCUCUAUCAGUGUUGCAUCAUUCGGGUUUCUACCUGGAACAGACUGAACUACCUAAAGAAUGGUGUGCUGAAGUCUGCCUUAAAAUCCGCCAUGGCCCAUGACCCCAUCUCCCCCGUGCUGUCUGAGCCUCACCUGGACGCCGUGGACCAGCGGCUCCUGAGCGUCCUGGCCACCGUGAAGCAGUGCACUGACCAGUUUGGGGCGGACGCUGUGCUGGUGGAAGACAGGAUGCCUCUUUCCCACUUGUAAUUCGCCACACAAAAUAAGUGAAACUACUUUUUACAAAGCUAGAGAAACAGCACAAUCACUUCCAAAUGGUAUGAGAUGGAUUGGAAACGGCCAGCGGCAAGCUCUGGGUGACAGGGGACAGGGUGGCCUUGGAUUCCUUUGGUGAUUUCUGUAGGAGAAACUAAAGCAGAGACGACAGGUUGCAGGCCCCAGGAGCCUUCCCGCCAGACCACCCGACCCCCUCGGCAUCUGCGCACCCCCGCGGUGGGCCUCCUGCUUGGUCCGUCCUAACUCACGCGCCAAAGGGUGGAUCGAGGUGUGGCGCCUGGAUGGGUUGAUGCUGGGGCUGGUUCUGGAGCCUGUAGUUUGAGUUCAUCUUCUAACCCUUUCUCCACACCUGUGGAUUUUCUGAGAACACCUUGUAAUCUCUUGAGUCCUUUUGUAACCAGGACUAGUCCAGUUGGGAGUUUUCCUGCCUCCUGAGGAGUAGCAGCCAGUAAGACCUGGCGUUCUGUUGAGCCCAAAUAGCAUGCUCUCCUGGGAGGGGUAUGUUUUUAGGAUAGAAUUAGUGGGAAAGACAAAGGCAGGAAAGACGCUCGGGCUCCUUCCUAAGUGAUUGGGUGGUAGUGUUCUUCGGGAUAGUUUAGAGGAGGGAAGAAGGGGCAGAAUCAGAAUCGGAGAAGCCCCCCUGGCAGGUGCGUAAACGCAGACGUGACUCGAACCUCAGCGAGACCCGCAUUCCCACAGUGGUGUCCCAGUUAACCUGGAAGUUGUCCAGGCGUGAUUCUCUCACGGAGACUUUCUUUUUCCCUUUUGCCCCAAGCAGGCACAUCUUUUCUAAAUUAACAAAGCGAAUUGAGGUGAUACCUUGAAUAAGAGUGAAGUUGCCUGUGAUCUCUGCCAUCCUGAUUUCUUUUCGGAAAUGAAUUUCCACCUCAGCCUUUAAGGCAUUUGGUCACCGAAGCCUCUGUUCCCGAGAGAAUGGCAAUGCUGUUUGUGCCUUUCUCAUGAGAACGACCAGCUUGCUCCCGGAGCGGACGGUGCUCGUCCUGCUGGUGGCUGGACCUGUCCUGUGACUUGGGCCUUGCAGCAGAAGAUUGGGAACAAAAAUUUUAAGCAUUCUGAGCCUUAAAAUUAAGGAGGUCACCAGGGAGGGCCUUAAGAUUUUGAUUUAUAUCAAGCCCUAACGUCCUCAUUUCAUUUCAUCGGGCGUUCUAAACCGGUGGUGUAGGAUCGUUUUUCCGUGUCCUCUCACUGCCCAUGACCCAGGCUCAGUGCGGUCUGUGUUCCUGCAGAGCGACUUGGACCCAUAAGCAGUUGCGGUAAAGCACAGGGCCCGAGGGGGACAGGCUCGGUGCGCCCGCCCACCGGGGGACCCAUCUCUCCUGCCUCUUGUCCGGGUGCCGGUCCAGCGUCUCACUUCUGUCAAGCAGGGACUGGUACUUAAAGCGUGUGGGCGAGCCGAUUUAAUGCCAGCCAUCGGAGACCGGUGUCAGGCAGCCACCCUUUCGAAAACAGCCUAGAAUGUAUGCCCUGAUUUUCUCGCAUUGAAAGGCCGCUAAGUAACCUGUCACCACUUAACAACAGCAUGAGGUCAGGAUGCUUUUGUGCUUUGUAUGUACGUUUCGAGACAGACACAAGAAUGGGUUGGGCUCCUUAAAAAAGGAAUUUAAGAAGACAGGUAUUAGCACAAAACACUGAAGUCGGGUCAACAAAAGGAGGCCUUAGAUUCCGAUUUUUAAGGCCAUUUACAGUGUGUAUCAAGUGAAAUUCACAGUUGAGCCUGAGAACACCUUGGGUAGUGCUGACCCAGAGUAUCAGGGAGCUGGCCGGAGGCAGAUGGCGGGAGGAGGCCGGCGCCGCCCGCGUGGGUGAAUGUUAGUCGAACUAAAUGACGGAUCGGUGCUCCUGCAGACACGUGGCACCGGGAGUGUGUCCCAGUGGGAUGGGCGAGAAUUGAUCUCGAACUGGGAACUUCAUUCAUAAUGUUGAGGGUAGAAGAUACUGCUAAGGAAAAAAGCAGGAGGGAGAGCUGCUUUGAAAAUGUCACAUCCUUUUUUUUCAAAACAUUGCAGAAAUGUUUAAUUUCAUUCUCUUUUCUGUUUUAAACUUCAUGAUCUUAAGAGGUGUUCAGAUCUAUCGUGGUUGAAGUCAUAUGCUAAUAGGGUGGUCGUGACAAGACUCUUAGAACAGAUUUAUGUUCUAAUCAGGAUUGGAUUAAGCUAGGAAAGCAUGUUUAGGCACAUCUUGGAAAAAACCAAGCAUAGGCUUAUAGCCCUAAAAUUCAGAAAAACUAAAUUCUCUUUGAAAAUGGAGGUAGAUAUCUUUUCAAGUUCUGUGACCCUGUCCUCUUUGUGGUUUAUUUAGCGCUAUCAUACUCAGACAAGUUGCUGAAAGUGUUCUCGGGCAGCCCGAGGUUGAGCGUGCCUGGGGGAACGUGUAAAGGUAGACAUGGGUACGUUUUAAUAUUGUCAGACGAGGAGAAUCAGGACUGCCUGCCAUUUCCUUACCUCCUCCCACUUCCUAAAUAUGUUUCUUCCAGAGUUUGGGGAAAUAUGGGUAUGGAAGUUACAUUCUAAAUUAUUCUUUAAUAUGAGGUUAUGUUGUGGGUUCGGAUGUAAAUAAUUGUCUGUGCAAAACAAAUUAAUAGGAUCUGAUUUGCUCAGAGUUUUGUUCAAUAAUAUAUUAAUAAGGCAUUUCUCCCUGUUGCACUGAGGACUGAUGUGUCAAAUGAAAUUUAAGGAGGAAAUGGAAGAAUUCAGGUACAUCCAUUGCAUAUUAUUUUAGAAAAGAUGAAUCCUGUGUACGUGGCAAUUUUCCAGUGUCACCUGAACAACGAAUUCUCCCAAGGAAAUUCAUCUUUUCUUUUUCUUAAAAGAAAGGAAAAAAAAAAAAAAAGACUUCCGGCUUUCCCUUCCCAUCCACCAUAUCCUUCAGCUUCCGUUCUCAAUGGUCCCUGUAUUCUUGUUUGACCAGUGACAGGAAAACAGCAUCUGUCAGGGAGCUGUCUGGUAAGAGUUACCUUAUGAGCUGGAGCUUCAGGAAACAUGAGUAAAGGCGUACAUAUGUAUAUAAUCGUAGAUGUAUUGUAGCAAGAAAAAAAUGUAUUUAUUUUCACACAGGGAAGCACUGACUUAUGUUGCUGAAGAACUUGAAGCUAGUGAAAGGUUCUCUUCUCAGUCUCUGAGAGUGGACCCCAAGUGACAAAGACCAUUCACUGAGCAGGCGCCCGCUGAGCCGCUCCGCUGAGCCAGCCGUGGCUAGGCACACGAGCGAGCCACACAGACCUGACUUCGUGAAACCUAUUGUCCGGGGAAGGCCAGGUUUUCUCCCUUCGAUUCCUCAAGUCUGGGUUGCAAAGGCAGGGGCCGGGGACUCUACUGCCACAGGUUUCUAAGGAACCAAGGUGUUACAAGUACAAAAUGAUUGCGGUGGGGGGCGGGGAACUGGGAAUAACUUACUGGGAAGCUAAUUUAUUUGCUAAAGAGGAGGUGUGGGAAUCAGUACCCUCCGUUUUGAUCUGCCAAGGAUUUCCUCUCAGAGCUGUUGCACAAACAGAGGUGGGGCUUGGGAAGACACCAAACAAGACAGAUAUGCACCUAAAUUUCUAAUGUGUUCUAUGGGUUUCAAUUCUGAAAAAGAAAUAAAUAAAGAUUUUAUUAAGUAUUGAUGUAGCA